AUGAACGCUAAUGAUUCGCCGUGCAAAAAUGGAUAUGGCGAAUUUCAGCCUCGAAAUGAAACUGAAUAUGCUCGGUUGUUUCAAGUUUUAGUCGGAUAUGCACAUUAUGACAGGGAACAGAAGACGAUUCGUAUGUCGGGUCAAGUUGAAUCAACGAUUGAGCACGAUAUGCAUCAGUUGUUUAUUCGCUUUUGUUCAAGACCUGAAUGGAAUGCCGUGUUGAGAGAGGUAUUGCAAAAUGGGGCGCCAUUAAGGAGGAUGGAGAGGUUAAUGCAAUAUGCAGAGAUGGUAUCAAAUACACCUCGGGUUUCUGGAGAUGAGAACUCUCAUCGCUUAGGAUCAUCUAUGGACGAUGUUGGAAGAGAUUCUUUCUCGCCGGAUUCUGCUGGUGUUAAAGAUGGUGAAGAUGGGAGCACAUACGCAGUAACAAUGUAUUUCGUAGGUGCUUCUUUCGUGGCCUUUGUGCUUGAAUGCAAGUGGAAGAGUCUGUCUAGAUCUUCAAACUCACUGUUGAGUCGGUCGAUGUCUAGGUGUCUUUGCUGUGUAGAUAAAGGAAAAAAGUCAGAUGGCCGGUUUAGUUUCAUAUGUGUGGAUAGUGUUGAUGAGGUGAUAUAG